GUGCUAACUUGUGCGAUCUAACGAAGGAUCCAUGUCAGAAUUCAUCGUCGAUGUAUGAGGGAUAUUUGCGCUCUAAAAAUUGUCCCUUUAAUAAAACUCUUGGUUUGUGUGAUAGAUACUUAGAUACCCAAUGGUACAAAACAGAGGGAAAUAUGCUUAAUUAUUGCCCAUCACUACAUUCAUGUGGAGCUGAGUAUCCACUGUGGUUGAAUGAAUCCAUUCCCACUGUCAGUGAUGGCGUAGUUAUUCGCAAAGUUUGUAAACAAGGAGCUGGAGAUUGUUGUGUAAAAACCUACAGUAUAAGAAUUAAGAACUGUACAUCUUUUGUGGCGUACUGCCUUGUACCUGCUGAAACAUGCUCUGAGAGAUAUUGCUUUGGAGAAAACGGAACUUGUGAAUUGCCUCCUCAGUUAAUUACUAAUAUAGAAAGCACAACUGCUGGAUCGGCAAAGAUGAAAACAAUAAGAAAAAUUGGAUAUGGAGUUUAUGCAUUGGUGGCAUUCUGUCUUCAGGUUUCAUACUGAUAACUGUACAUGUGAGAAAAAACAAAGAAAUGUAUAAGUCCAUGAUGUGGAAAAAAAUUGCCUAUGGUAAUUUUCCGUAUAACUUCUACUAACUCAAAAGACUAUGGAAAGAAAGAUCAAGACUGAAUGUUGUUUCAAAAAUAUUUUGUUGGAAAGCAAAUUGACCAUUUUUGUUAUUACUUUAUUUUGUUUGACACUUUAAGUAUUAACAUAAGUAAAAAUAUAUAUCCUUAUUAUAUACCGUAUAGGUAGAAAUUAGGGUGAGGAUUUAAUUUUGGCAUUAUUAGUGAGGCUGCUGAGAUCACUAAAAUUGAAUUUCGCUAAAAAUAAACCGCGUGUUAUUUGUACUAGCUUCUUUAGUGAACAAUUAAAAAUCGCUUAAAUUAAUUCUCGCUAAAAUAAAAUACCAGUUUUUAGGAGAAAUCGCUAAAUUUGCGUCUCGCUAAAAUUUCCACUUAUACGGUAUAAGUAUGAAUAAUUUAAAUGAUUUUUAUGUUAUAUAUACAUAAACUUGCCUUGAAUGA